AUGUAUAAAUGUUUGGAAUGUGGAAGGAGCUUCAGCUGCAGUAGUGCACUAAAAAUACAUGAAAGGAUACACUCAGGGGAGAAGCCAUAUAAAUGCGUGGAGUGUGGAAAAUGCUUCGCUCAGAAUAGCAAUCUAAUUACUCAUCAGAAGACUCACACAGGGGAGAAGCCAUAUAAAUGCAUGGAGUGUGGAAAAUGCUUCGCUCAGAAUAGCAAUCUAAUUACUCAUCAGAAGACUCACACAGGGGAGAAGCCAUAUAAAUGCUUAGAAUGUGGGAAGUGCUUCUCUCACAAUAGCCACCUUACUGUACAUCGAAAGAUUCAUACAGGGGAGAAGCCAUAUAAAUGCUUGGAGUGUGGAAAGUGCUUCUCUGAUAAUGGCGUCCUAACUAAACAUAAAAAGAUUCACACAGGAGAGAAGCCGUAUAAAUGCUUGGAGUGUGGAAAAUGCUUCUCUCGGAAUGGCUAUCUAACUACUCAUAAAAAGACUCACACUGGGGAGAAGCCAUAUAAAUGCUUGGCGUGUGGAAAGUGCUUCUCUCAUACUCAGAGCCUAAUUACACAUGAAAGGAUUCAUACAAGGGAGAAGCCAUAUAGAUGCUGGGAGUGUGGAAAGUGCUUCUCUCAUAAUAGCAGCCUGACUACACAUCAGAGGACUCACACUGGGGAGAAGCCAUAUAAAUGCUUGGAGUGUGGAAAGUGCUUCUCUGUGAAUGCCACCCUAACCAAACAUCAAAAUAUUCACACAGGGAAGAAGCCAUAUAAAUGCUUGGAGUGUGGAAAGUGCUUCUCUAACAAUGGCACCCUAACCAGACAUCAAAAGAUUCAUACAGGAGAGAAGCCGUAUAAAUGCUUGGAGUGUGGAAAGGGCUACUCUCAGAAUAGCAACCUAACUAGACAUCAAAAGAUUCACACAGGGAAGAAGCCAUAUAAAUGUUUGGAGUGUGGAAAGUGCUUCUCUGAUAAUGGCAGCCUAACUAGACAUCAAAAGAUUCACACAGGAGAGAAGCCGUAUAAAUGCUUGGAGUGUGGAAAGUGCUUCUAUAGGAAAAGCCACCUUACUCAACAUCAAAUGAUUCACACAGGGGAGAAGCCAUAUAAAUGCUUAGAAUGUGGAAAGUACUUCUCUCACAAUAGCCUCCUUACUGUACAUCGAAAGAUUCAUACAGGGGAGAAGCCAUCUAAGGGCGGUGUGUUCACGGUCUUCCCUGCCGCCCCCCUCGAAGGCCUCCACCAGCAGCAUCGAGCCCAGCCCGGGGGGCGGCAGCGGCGACGGGGAGGCCAGCAGCGAUGA